ACGCAACCAGGACCCACUUUCCUGACUCGCCUUGUUUACCUUUAUCAGUGGCUGCUGCACCUGCACCUGCUCGUCGUUCUUGACCAAAAAUAAAGUCCACGAGCCAUUAACAUCAUUCAGCAAGCUGCCGUAGUUUAAAGAAAAUCGACCAUGGCUGCUGGCGGGACGGUUUUGCCCUUCGUCAGGGGCAUAGAUCUGACGAAAAAUGACUUUAGGAAUACUGGUAUUCCUCAUAGCAUUGAGGAAAUGUCUAGUCUGAGGUGGUUAAGGGUGAACAACACGGGUAUUAAUAAAGUACCAGAUGAAAUCGGUAACCUACAGAAACUGGAGCACCUGUCUCUGAAGAACAAUAACAUUGACAAGCUCCAUGGUGCAGUCACACAUUUGCCUUGUCUCCGAUCUCUUAAUGUAAGACACAACAAGUUAAAGAAGUCAUGUAUUCCCAAAGAACUUUUUCACAUGGAUGAUUUAACAACGCUUGAUUUCUCUCAUAAUAACUUGGGAGAAAUCCCUGAAGGUUUAGAAGAAGCCAAGUCAUUGUUGGUGUUAAAUCUUUCAAAUAAUGAUAUUGAAGAGAUUCCUGCUCAAGUCUUCGUAAACUGCACAGAUUUAUUGUAUCUGAAUGUAGGAGAUAAUAGACUUGAAACUUUCCCACCGCAGAUCAGAAGGCUUGUUCACCUACAAACUUUAAUCUUGAACAAUAAUCCUCUGACCCACUUCCAAUUCAGGCAAUUACCCUCACUGUUGGCUUUGCAAACACUCCAUAUGCGCUGUACACAAAGGACUCCAGCUAAUUUGCCGUCUCAUCUUGAUGCCUUGGUCAAUUUAGCAGAUGUUGAUCUUUCCCACAACAGUCUCUGCAUAUUUCCGGAUUGCUUGUACACUCUUCGUAAUCUGAAACGUCUGAACGUAUCCGACAAUGAAAUUUCAGAAGUUGGAGCCAGUAUUGAAAAUUGGCCAAAGUUGGAGGUUUUGAACCUGUGUCGCAACAAUCUUACUUCAUUACCAUCCCAAAUUUGCAAAUUGGAGAACUUGCGUCGACUUAUGGUUAAUGAAAAUCAGUUGGACUUUGAAGGAAUUCCAUCUGGAAUUGGAAAGAUAGUUGCAUUAGAGGUGUUUUCUGCCGCUCACAACCAGUUGGAAAUGAUACCAGAGGGUUUGUGCAGAUGUCCAAAUUUGAAAAAGCUUAUAUUGAAUAGCAACCGUUUAGUGACACUACCAGAGGCUAUUCAUUUCAUCAAUGAGACUUUGGAACAGUUAGAAUUAGCUGAUAACCCAGAGAUGGUCUGGCCUCCAAAGCCACGAGGGAUGGCACAGGGGUCUGGUGCAGCAUUUUACAACAUUGACUUUUCACUGCAAGCACAACUCCGCAAUGCUGGAACUCAAGCUGCUCAGCUGGCUGCUACUCUUGCGCAGCAACAAGGAACUCCAAAGGAUCCAAUUGCACGUAAAAAGAGGCUACGUCAGUUUAAAAAAGAUCAGCAGGAUGACAAACAAGAGAAGAUUCUGAAAGGAAUGAAAGAAAUUGCCAAAGAUGAAGAAAAACAAAAGCAAAAGGACAAGAUGACAGAGGAACGCAGCCAGGAAGUUAGAACCCAAAAGCGAUGGGAUGAAGCUUUGGAACGCCCUCCUUUGAAUUAUCAUGAGUUUUUUGAUGUGGAUGUUGGCCAGAUACCAGGAAUAACCAUAUGGGAAAUAGAAAAUUUCCUUCCCAAUCAGAUAGAAGAAUCUGUGUAUGGCAAAUUCUAUGAAGGUGACUGUUACAUUAUACUGCAUACAACAAUGGAUGAAGCAACUCAGAAUCUUGAUUGGCAGAUAUACUUCUGGAUUGGUGAAAAAUCAACGCUUGAUAAGAAGGCUUGUUCGGCUAUCCACGCUGUCAACCUUCGAAAUUAUCUAGGGGCACAAAGCCGCACACACAGAGAAGAGCAGAGCGAUGAAUCAGAAGAAUUUUUGGAGCUUUUUGACCAUGACCUUACUUAUAUUGAAGGAGGAAGAACCGCGUCUGGCUUCUUCACUGUUGAAGAGAUGGAAUAUCCAUUGCGAUUGUAUCGUAUUUUCCCAACUCACACCGGCAUUCAUUUGGAGACUGUGUCAUGUUCUGUGGAUUCCCUUGAUCCUCGACAUGUUUUCCUUUUAGAUGAUGGGAAAGUCAUUUUUAUCUGGCAAGGAAGUAAAGCUAAAAAAACACUCACAACAAAAACACGACUGUGUGCAGAGAAAAUGAAUAAAGAGGAACGGAAGAAUUUAGCUGAAAUACAUACGUUGGUCGAAGGGAAAGAGCAUAAUGAGUGGCCCCAUUUCUGGCAAGCUUUGGGACUAGAGGAAGGAGAGGAAGAAGAUUUAGUCUUGGAGGAACAUGUGGAUGAAAAUUUCACCCCUGUUGUACCAAGGCUGUAUCAAGUUGGUCUUGGUAUGGGGUACCUUGAGCUUCCUCAAGUUGAGGUACCUGAGGGAAAACUGGUUCAGAAGUUGCUUAGGACUAAAAAUGUGUACAUUUUGGAUUGCUAUUGUGAUGUAUUUGUGUGGAUUGGACGCAAAUCGACCAGGCUAGUAAGAGCUGCUGCUUUGAAACUAUCACAGGAACUUUUAAAGAUGAUUAUUCGACCGGAACAUGCUGUUACCACACUUGUUAAGGAAGGAACUGAGCCUCAAGUUUUUAAGACAAAGUUCAGUGGGUGGACAGAUGUUAUUGAUGUUGAUUUUACUCGAACUGCAGAGUCAGUGAGGAAGACUGGAGCCAACUUGAAAGACUGGUGUGCCAAACAAGAAACUAAAGUAGACUUGAGUGCGCUCUUCACUCCUCGACAGCAACCCAUGUCUUUAGAAGAAGCCCAGCAGUGUAUGGAUGAAUGGAAUGAUGACCUGGAUUCUAUGGAUGCUUUUGUAUUAGAAGGGAAGAAGUUUGUCAAGUUACCAGAAUCAGAGCUUGGACACUUCUAUUCAUCUGAAUGUUAUGUGUUCCUCUGUCGAUACUGGGUACCAGGAGAACCUCCAGAGGAUGAAAAGGAAGAGGAAACAGAACCAGAGGAUGAUUUCCAGUGUGUUGUGUAUUUCUGGCAAGGUCGUCAGGCAUCAAAUAUGGGUUGGUUAACAUUUACCUUUAGUUUGCAGAAAAAGUUUGAAUCCUUGUUUGGAGAUAAGCUUGAAGUAGUAAGGAUGCAUCAGCAACAGGAAGCCGUUAAAUUCAUGGCUCACUUCAAGAGAAAGUUUGUCAUUCAUCUCGGACAUCGCAAGCAAGAAAAAAUUCAACCAAAGCCAGAAGAAGAAGUGAAACCGAAAGAACCAGCAGCCAAGGGAGGUAAGACAAAAGGCAAAGGUAAAGGCAAAGCAAAGCAGAAGGCAAAGCCAGCUCCACCAAAAGUAGAGGGUCCCAAGCCAGAACCAGAGCUCUUCCACAUGAGAUCAAAUGGUUCUCCGCUCUUCACCCGAUUUGUUCAGAUUCUCCCUAAUGCUGCUUCCUUGAAUUCGGAGUUCUGCUACGUAUUGAAGGUUCCAUUUGGUCGAGAUAAUGACAGUGGCAUUGUUUAUGUUUGGCUGGGUGAAAAGAGUGAUGACGAGGAAGGGCGAUUGGCUGAAGACACAGCACAAGCAAUGUAUGAUCCCGAAAAGUAUAGCCUUCAGGUUGUGAGAGAAGGAGAAGAACCAGAAAACUUCUUUUGGAUUGGUAUUGGCGGUUGCAAGCCGUAUGACAAGGAUGCAGAAUACAUGCGCCACACCCGUUUGUUCCGUUGCUCAAAUGAAAAGGGUUACUUUGCUGUAUCAGAAAAAUGUUCUGAUUUCUGUCAGGAUGACCUGGCUGAUGAUGAUACUAUGAUUCUUGAUGAUGGUGUACAUGUUUUCCUUUGGCUUGGGUCCAAAGCAUCUGAAGUUGAGAUAAAGUUGGCUCUAAAAUCUGCACAGGUUUAUGUUCAAAAUAUGCGUGUCAAGCAACCAGAACUACCAAGAAAAUUAUUAUGUACAUUUAAAGGAAAGGAGUCAAAGAAAUUCACAAGAUGCUUCCAUGGUUGGGGUGAAUUUAAAACAACUAGAGAGUAGAUUAUUUGUGAAUUUAGCCAUUGCUUACUACUGUUGAAAUUCCUAGUUGAAUAUGUAAGAUUGUUUAUCACUCUGCCUCAGAGUUACAGUAUUUGUGAUAGUCUUCCAAAUAUUUGCACAAAACAUCACCAAGAUUGCAAGUUUGCACAAUGAUAAAACAGGUAAAGUAUCGUUUUGAUUUAGCAGUUUAAAAUGUUUGUAACACAUUUUAAAAAAUUGUAUUGUGCACAACUGUAGAUGUCUUGAAGUAGUAUUUUUUUUAGUUGGAUGAUCACAUUCCUUUGGAAAUAGCAAAAGGCAGUUAAUGUGGCUACUAACUUCUAUGGAAUAGAAUUUCCUCACUCAUAAAAGAGAAGAACAAAACCAAGACCAAGUUAGUGAAGUUAGAUGAAAAAUACAAAUAAAUAACAAAUGAUCAAAUAAGCAGUAUGUCAUGAAUGAAUAUGCUAUCUUCUCUGUAUUCACCAACAGCAAAAGUUUUUAGCCAGAUUAUUUUUCCAUAAAUGGUAUUGGGAAUGUACUAAUUUGCUUGAGAUAACUCCCCAUAAGACAUUGGUCAAUAAACUUGCAGAAAAUGACCUCGGCCACACCAGGAACUUAUGAUAUUUAGCACAAGAUCCUGUAGGUUGAAAGAAAUUUGAGUAGUCUCCUCAUCAACUGGAGUCAUAUGGAGAAUUGACCGGAAAUUUUCAACACCAGUCACUUUGCUUAGCUUUGAAGUCAACACAGAUAACGGAUAAACCCCUUGUGUCAAGAGAUAAUGUCAAGCUCUUUCUGUAACAAACAGACACAUAUUUUAGUAAAACACAUUUACAAUUUAUGUAGGUACUAAUGUGGAGCUGUGCUCUGUAAUAUAGCAACCAUACCCGUGCUACUUGCCAUGCUGUGUGCAGUAAAUAAAAGUAAUCCAUUAAAGUCUGGAAUAAACUGUGCCUUAAACUUACUGCAAGAAGUCAUAUCAGGUCAUACUAGAGUCCCAACUGUGGAUGUGAAGAAAACUUGUCCCUGGACCUUCUGAAUAAUAGCAAACAUUUAUCUUUCAUAAAAAUGGUGCUUUACUGUACAAUAGAUACCUUGGUUUGCUUAUAGUUACCAGUGUGUAGAAAUAUUGAAUAUUCAUUAAUAUAUAGACAGUAACCAGGGUGUUUCCAGGUAUCAUGGCAGACUGUUAGCUGGGAGUGCAUAGUAGUAGUUGGCAUAAAAAUGUGGUAGAUGCUUUAAAAAUAAUAUGUUUAUGUAUUAUAGUUUAUUACUGUAGCUGUUAUGUUCAUUUUAUUUAUUUGCCUAAAUCCAAGAUAUAUUUAAUCAGUGACACGAAGCACUUGAAUUUCGUACUUGUAUUGUCACUAUAUGGGCAUGCUUAGAUGUUUUUUCUGUUUACUAAUGCUGUUCCUGUUACUGGGUUAUACAUAUAUAGUUCUGCAUUAUUACAAACAUAGGUGGCACUGAACAUGAAAUUAUAUUUUUCAUUUUCAUGUUUUGUAAUUCUUCCCUUUCUAGAUCUUUAUAGUGAUGACAAGCCUGUUCUUAUUGCAAAGCAGCUGGACUAGAUUUAUCAAGAAAUAACAUGAAAUAUUGAUAAUUAUACAACAAACCCAAAAUUUUAACUCAAGUACAAAAUGUCUGCACCCAUGUUAAUAAUUUCAUGAUUGGAAGAGCUUUUACUUAAAAGGAGGAGGGUUUUUGAAGAUGGUAAUAAAUUACCCUUUUAUUACUCCACUCAUGAAUUUUCUGUAUACAGCAGUAUUUUAAGAAACUUUUAAGUGGUAUUUGGGUCAUUGUCUUAUUAAAACAAAACAGUGUGAGAAUUACCAAAGUGAAUAUCCAUACAUUUCUUAAAUGUAAUAGUUAUGUAUGCAUUUUUCAUGUACUUUUAGCAAAGGAUUUGUUGUACGGAACGUUUAUCUAAAAUUCAUUAUGCAUGACUGACUUUCUGCCUCUUUCUUAUUGUCCAUGGGUAAUAUGAGUAAUUAGCUCUAUAUGUAUUGUUAGUUGCUCUUAUUCAAGUGAAUCUCAUAGCUGGUGAAAUCAGCUAAUUUUUUUGGCUCUGAAACCCUAUUAUUUUAACUUCUCCUUGUCUGCAGACCUCAUUAGUGUACAGGAAAAUGUAGUUUUUUUUUGUAGUUUUGUUAUGGUUUUCCAGUACUGAUAAAUUCAUUUCACCAAGAUGUAUCACCUUUGAAAAAGUGCACUAAAACUCAAUCUGAUAGCUUUUGGUCAGAGAUUAAGUCUGAGAACAUUUUAUAACUUAAUGAAGUUAUAACUUGUCGAUAUCUUGAAUAUUACAGGAAUGUAAAAUUAUAUUACUAAAGAUGUUUGCUGCAGUUUUAAUUGUUUAGUACUUGUGAAUUUAAGGUUGGGAUGGGGUCAGAUAUAUCUAGUAUGUUUUUAAAAAGUGACACUCUCAAUCAGACUUUAGUCACCUGCACCACUAGCAGUGAGUUUUUUAUGUUAAGCUUCAAUUCUGAAGAAAAUUUUCAUGUCUUCUUUACCUGUUUUUGAUUAAAUAGUGAGAUCUUAACUGCAAAGAAAUAUAUUAUUUAAAAAGAGA